GAGUAAUUUCCCCUACUCAGAGUUCCUUUUCCCUAGGGGCCAAGCUGAGGUUUUCUGGACCUUGGGCUGGACCCGUGGAGAGAAUUGUGAGGAAGUCUGACCCAUGGGGAUGGGCUGGGGACCAGAACCUAUAAUAAAGAGCACCGCCCUUAUGCAGACUCUAUGUCAUAGAGGCCCCAGCUGCCCUGGCCAGUAGUGCCCUCAGGCACACUACAGAAGCUCCCUGUGCCCAUGGGGCCUUCUCAGCUUGCCCGUGCCCCUCGGCCCCGGGGUUUAAGAUUCCGCUACCGCAGGCCAGGGAUGGGCUGGCCUAGGCCUCGAUUUCCCAGGAUGUUCAAGUGUAGCCGUAGAAGGUAUCGGCAGAAACCCCAAGGCAGAACUCCUACCACUGCAGCCACCAACUUUGCCACCCUGGCCCCAGAUAUCAACAACACUCACACCGUCACCACCACCAGUGUGUGGAUCCUUCCACCACCAGUUCUCAGACACCUCUGUCAACCUGGCAGCUUUCUGAUCUUCUAGAAAUGUCCAGAAACUAGUCCAGAAGCUUGGCUGUCUCCGGACCUGUAUCUCCUAAGGGCCCUGGGUGGUUAACAGCAGACAAAUACAAUCAAUUCUGCUCCAA